AUGGCCCAAGCAAACAUGAGCCAGGUCCUCUCCAACAGGGCACAAGAGGUGAGCAAUGCGACGGCUGCAAACCCCAUGUGGGACAUUUUCAGCGACAUUUGGUCCCCGUCGACCAACCCGGGCGGAUACGUCAAUGUGGGAGUCGCAGAGAACGGUCUCAUGCACGACGAGCUUCUCAAAUAUAUCAACACGAAACUCGAUCUGCCAGCCAAGUAUCUCACCUACAACGAUGGAGGUGGCGGAUCGAACAGACUUAGAAGCGUCAUUUGCCAGUUUCUCAACCGCCACUUGCACCCGGUCACGCCUCUAGAACCAGAGCAAUUGGUCAUUACGAAUGGCGUUUCUUCUGCAAUCGAACACGUCUCAUGGGCAUUCGCAGACCCUGGUGAAGGAAUCCUUCUCGGUCGGCCCUACUACGGCACCUUCAUUAUGGAUCUCUCGCAACGAUUCCAGUCAAAGGUGGUCCCAGUCAACUUCGAUGGCGAUGAUCCCCUUGGCCCUGAAGCCGCGGAAAAGUAUGAGAAGGCUUUAUUAGAUUUUCAAGAAAAGACAGGCAGACGAGUUAAAGCCUUGAUGCUGUGCCACCCGCACAACCCACUUGGCCGCUGCUACCCGCGCGACGUGAUCAUCGAACUGAUGAAACUGUGUCAGAAGUACCAGAUUCAUCUGGUCAGCGACGAAAUAUACGCUCUAUCGGUGUGGGAAAACACCAUCGAUCAACACCCUCCCCCAGUCAAGUUUGAAUCUGCGCUAUCAAUCGAUCCGAACGGAAUUAUUGACCCGCGUCUUGUGCAUGCCCUUUGGGGCAUGAGUAAAGAUUUUGGCGCGAACGGAAUCCGCUUGGGCGUUAUCAUCUCCCAACAUAAUGUCGAUUUCCAAAAUGCCUUGAAGGGGAUUUCUUUGUACUCUUACCCGUCGGGUAUUUCGGAUCAUUUGACGGCGCUGAUACUGGAGGAUGCGAAUUUCACGAAGACAUAUAUUGAGCAGAAUCGAAGGAAGUUGUCGGAUUCUUAUGCAUUCACUGCAAACUACGUGAAGGGUCAUGGUAUUGAGUAUGCGCCGGGCUGCAAUGCCGCAUUCUUCCUUUGGGUGAACCUGGGCAAGAAGUAUCGGGAGUUGCACCCUGACGUGUCUGAAGAUGAGGAUCUUGGCGAGCAGGUUAUGCAGCAGUUGUUGAAUCACAGAGUUUUCCUGGCUAGUGGUGCACUCUUUGGAUCAGAGAAGAGUGGCUGGUUUAGGAUUGUGUUCUCACACCCGAGGGACUACUUGGAGGAAGCUAUGAAGAGGAUCAUUAUUGCCCUUGAGGAUUGA